CGGCCUGCGCGCAUGCGCGGCCGCUCUGUCGCUGCGAGGCCGGGCGCCGCGGCAGCCGCUGCCGCCGCUCCUGCUUGGGGCGCUGCGUUUCCCUGUUGUCAGUCUGCGCCGCCGGCCCCGAUGAGGAGCGCCGCUGCCCUGUCGGACUAGCGUCUCGCCCCCGCGGCGGCCGGAGCCCCGCGGCCGGUAGCGCGGCGCCGCCGAGCGCGGCCGCCCCCUGCGCCGCCCUCCGCGGCGGGGGCUCGUCUGCCGCCUGCGGGGCGCGCGGCGGCGAGGCCGGCGGAGCGUGGAGCGCCGCCGCCGCCGAGAGCCAUGAGGAAAUUUAACAUCAGGAAGGUGCUGGACGGGCUGACGGCCGUCUCGUCCUCCGCCUCGGCGUCGGCCGCCGCGCAGCAGCAGCAGGCGGGCAACCGGGAGAGCGAGAUCCAGGAGACGCUCCAGUCCGAGCACUUCCAGCUCUGCAAGACUGUACGCCAUGGUUUCCCUUAUCAGCCUUCAGCCUUGGCAUUUGAUCCUGUUCAGAAAAUACUGGCCAUCGGGACUCAGACUGGAGCAUUAAGGCUCUUUGGUCGGCCAGGAGUUGAAUGCUACUGCCAACAUGACAGUGGAGCUGCAGUAAUCCAGCUUCAGUUCCUGAUUAAUGAGGGAGCUCUUGUGAGUGCCUUGGCUGAUGAUACCUUACACCUAUGGAACUUACGUCAGAAGAGACCCGCUAUACUUCAUUCACUAAAGUUUAACCGAGAACGGAUAACGUUUUGUCAUCUGCCUUUCCAAAGCAAAUGGCUGUAUGUGGGCACCGAAAGAGGAAACAUUCACAUUGUCAAUGUGGAAUCAUUCACUCUCUCAGGCUAUGUCAUCAUGUGGAAUAAAGCCAUUGAACUGUCAUCAAAAUCUCACCCAGGACCUAUUGUCCAUAUUAGUGACAAUCCAAUGGAUGAAGGAAAGCUUCUGAUUGGCUUUGAAUCUGGAACAGUGGUAUUAUGGGAUCUGAAAUCAAAGAAGGCAGAUUACAGAUACACACAUGAUGAGGCUAUCCACUCUGUGGCUUGGCAUCAUGAAGGAAAACAGUUUAUUUGCAGUCACUCAGAUGGUACCUUGACCAUAUGGAAUGUAAAAUCUCCUACCAAGCCAUUCCAGACAAUCACUCCACAUGGAAAGCAGCUGAAGGAUGGAAAGAAGCCAGAACCUUGCAAACCUAUCCUUAAGGUGGAAUAUAAAACAACGAGAGCUGGGGAGCCUUUCAUCAUUCUCUCUGGAGGUUUGUCAUAUGACACUGUAGGAAGAAGGCCCUGUUUAACAGUUAUGCAUGGGAAAAGUACUGCUGUGCUAGAAAUGGAUUAUUCUAUUGUUGAUUUUCUAACCCUGUGUGAAACGCCAUAUCCUAAUGACUUUCAGGAACCCUAUGCUGUAGUUGUUCUUCUAGAAAAGGACUUAGUACUGAUUGACCUUGCACAAAAUGGGUACCCUAUAUUUGAGAAUCCCUAUCCUUUGACUAUACAUGAGUCUCCGGUGACCUGUUGUGAAUAUUUUGCGGAUUGUCCUGUGGACCUCAUACCUGCACUGUAUUCGGUUGGGGCUCGACAGAAGCGUCAAGGUUACAGUAAAAAGGAAUGGCCUAUCAGUGGAGGCAACUGGGGUUUGAUUACUCAGAGCUAUCCAGAGAUAAUUAUUACAGGGCAUGCUGAUGGGUCAAUCAAGUUUUGGGAUGCCUCUGCAAUAACGCUGCAAGUACUUUAUAAGCUAAAAACAGCCAAAGUAUUUGAAAAAUCACGGAAUAAGGAUGACAGGCCAAACACAGAUAUAGUAGAUGAAGAUCCGUAUGCUAUUCAGAUCAUCUCAUGGUGUCCAGAAAGUCGAAUGCUUUGCAUAGCUGGAGUUUCUGCACAUGUCAUUAUUUACAGGUUCAGCAAGCAGGAAGUGACAGCAGAAGUCAUUCCGAUGCUGGAAGUGCGUCUAUUAUAUGAAAUAAAUGAUGUUGAAACUCCAGAUGGUGAUCAGGUACCGCCUUUACCAACUCCAGGCACAGGUUCCAAUCCUCAGUCCAUUGUUCCCCAAUCUCAUCCAUCUACUAGUAGCAGUUCAUCUGACGGACUACGUGAUAAUGUCCCAUGCUUAAAAGUUAAAAAUUCUCCCCUCAAGCAGUCUCCAGGCUACCAAAUUGAGCUAGUUAUCCAACUUGUGUGGGUGAGUGGAGAACCUCCUCAACAGAUAACCAGCUUAGCAGUCAACUCAGCAUACGGCCUAGUAGUUUUUGGAAACUCUAAUGGUAUUGCCAUGGUAGAUUACCUCCAGAAGACAGUGCUCUUGAAUCUUGGCACUAUUGAGCUGUAUGGUUCUAAUGAUCCUUAUCGCAGAGAGCCACGAUCUCCCCGAAAAACUCGGCAACCAUCUGGAGCUGGUCUUUGUGAUAUUAAUGAAGGUACAGUGGUGCCAGAAGAUCGCUGCAAGUCACCCACUUCAGGUUCUGGUUCACCAAACAAUUCUGAUGAUGAUCAAAAAAUGAAUAAUUUUAUAGAAAAGGUGAAGACCAAAAGCAGAAAGUUUUCCAAGAUGGUAGCCAAUGACAUAGCAAAGAUGUCCAGGAAGCUAAGUUUGCCAACUGAGUUAAAGCCUGAUUUAGAUGUCAAAGACAACUCUUUCAGUCGAUCCCGGAGUUCUAGUGUUACUAGCAUUGAUAAAGAAUCACGAGAGGCAAUUUCAGCUCUUCAUUUUUGUGAGACUUUCACAAGAAAGGCUGAUACAUCACCUUCCCCAUGCCUUUGGGUUGGAACCACUCUGGGUACAGUGCUUGUCAUUGUACUGAACUUACCCCCAGGAGGAGAGCAAAGACUUCUUCAGCCAGUAAUUGUUUCUCCUAGUGGAACCAUUCUGAGGCUAAAAGGGGCGAUCUUGAGAAUGGCUUUUCUGGAUACAACAGGAUCUUUAGUCCCACCAGCACAUGAACCCUGGAGAGAACACAAUGUUCCUGAAGAUAAAGAUGAAAAAGAUAAAUUGAAAAAGCGGCGACCUGUCUCAGUGUCCCCCUCUUCCUCUCAGGAAAUCAGUGAAAACCAAUAUGCAGUGAUAUGUUCUGAAAAGCAAGCAAAAGUUAUCUCACUGCCAUCCCAGAACUGUAUUUAUAAGCAAAACAUAACAGAGACUUCUUUUGUUCUUCGUGGAGAUAUAGUGGCAUUGAGUAACAGUAUCUGCCUUGCAUGUUUCUGUGCCAAUGGACAUAUUAUGACUUUUAGUUUGCCAAGUUUAAGGCCCUUGUUGGAUGUAUAUUACCUGCCACUCACAAAUAUGCGGAUAGCCAGAACAUUCUGCUUCACCAAUAAUGGACAGGCGCUCUAUCUUGUCUCACCAACCGAAAUACAGAGGCUCACUUACAGUCAAGAAAUUUGUGAAAAUCUUCAGGAAAUGUUGGGUGAGCUCUUCACUCCUGUAGAAACGCCAGAAGCACCAAACAGAGGUUUCUUUAAAGGCCUGUUUGGAGGUGGGGCACAGUCACUUGACAGAGAAGAACUCUUUGGAGAGUCUGCAUCUGGGAAGGCAUCGAGAAGUCUUGCCCAGCAUAUUCCAGGGCCUGGGGGUAUUGAAGGUGUCAAAGGAGCUGCAUCUGGUGUAGUUGGGGAACUAGCACGAGCCCGGCUGGCGCUAGAUGAAAGAGGACAGAAACUGGGAGAACUAGAAGAAAAAACUGCAGCCAUGCUUUACAGUGCCGAUUCUUUCUCUAAACAUGCUCAUGAGAUGAUGUUGAAGUACAAAGACAAGAAGUGGUACCAAUUCUGAUGACCCUCAUCAGUUACAUCUGUUUAAUUUUGUCCUGAUGAAAAAAUCUUCUGUUUUUUCAUUGAUUUUUUUGCCAGGACCAUCGAAGUUAAAGGAGCAUUUACCAUUGGAUACUGUUGUUUCCUAGCACAAAUCACAUACUGUUUUACCUCAGUUGUCGCUUUAACUGAGGAGCUUUAUAUUUAAGAGAAACACAAACAAAAACUCAAGUGUUUCUUUGCUGUUGGUUUGCUGAGAGUUGGGAACAGAGCAGGUAACUUGAACAUAUGGAAAAGAGGGUAAAAGGAAAAUGUAGUAUGAGAUGGGCAGGGGCAAUGCAGGAUCAAUCCUGUGUUAAUAUUUCAUAUGCCAAAAGUUUUUGUGCUAUUGUAAUUGCUGCCAGUGUUAUACCCUCCUGUGAGGAGAGGCAAUAAAUCAGGGGUCCAAGAGCUGGAAUAAAGUUGUCUUAUUGGACAGUGGCUGACUUACACCUACCCUCUCUAGGACUCGUUAUAUUUACUGUUGUUGUUGAAGAAGAGUUGAAGUUUGCUGUCAUUUCUUUCAUCAGAAAAACUGGAAGCUUGGAAGAUUUCAUGUUGAAAAUUAUAUACAUAGCUGACCUGAGCAUAGUCUUUUCUUGGACCCCUGAUCUAGUAUUCUUGUAUUCACAUCAUAUUCGGUGAAGUGCAAAACAAGAGGAUACAAAAUUUUUGCAUUAAAAAAGUCAAGUGAUUAAUAUGACUGGAGUGUGUCAUGCUGGGAGUUUUCAUUUGUGUUAUGACUGUGCAACGUGAAAUGUGGCAACAUCUUCAACGUGGUGAGCAUACUUCAACUUCUGUUUAUUUAAAUAUUAUUUUUUGCCAAAAAUAGUUAUCGGUUCAGUUUGUAUAAGAUUUAGAGUUGGCUGUGGGUUCCAUUCAUGCUGUGAAUUUUUAUAAAUGUUUAACAGAAUGUAUCUUUACAGCCAUUAAUUAAAAUAGCUGAGAUAGCUGCAGGUUUCGCUUAAAACUUAAGUUAUAGAUGCCCCUUUAGUCCUUUACUACCAAAUCGAAUAAUCUUGGACUCAGGUUUUCAAACAGUUCUACACUCAGUGGAGGUGCUUAUGCAUGAAUAAUGGCAAGCAUCUAAUAUUUAAUAAUUGUCAGUAUAUUGUUGUUUAGACAACUUCUAAAUCCUGCUGGUAGAGCUAUUUUACAAGUACCUCUCUCAGCCCCACCGAGUACUAAAGGCAGCUGGCCUAAGGUUUGCAUUUGGUCUCUAAAGCAGUGUUUUCGAUAAUGUGGUCAAUGGUAAGAGUGUACACUGAAAAAGUUUUCACGACUUCAGGAAUUGGUGGAACAGUGUUCAGUUUGGGCAGGGUAAAUAAUACAGCUAAGCUAAGUCAUUAACAGCUGCUGCACCAAAGCUGUAACAGCUGGUGAUCAUGAGACCUCUUUUAAAAAGAGAGAGAGGAAUCCUUACAAGAAAUUUUUGCAUUUAAAAAAUGAAUUUAGAUUAUUUUCUCAAAACAGGAAUAGUUACUGCCUGUUUCUGUUUUAUAAGAGGGUAUACUUAGAAGCUGAUAGGUGAUGUCUUGAAAUACUGUCUAUAAUAAAUCAUUGGGGUAUGCUUCUCCAAGCACUGGCUUCUGUGUGGUUUUCACACACUUUCCAAAUGUUCCCAAAGCAAAACCUGGGUUAUAUUUAUAUUAUAAGAUGAUGUGGCAGGUACAUAGAUAAGGCAAGCUUGAAAGUUACUGGUGGUUCUUAAUUCAUUUUUUAAUUUGUCAUUUAUCCCAGCAAAAGUACUUGGGCUUCAUAGCACAAAUUGGUAAACUGUCUGAUUUAUGUAUAGCAUCAUGUAAUUUAAAAAAAAAAAAAAAAAGAAAAAAAAGAAUUCUCUUACCAGGAUGAGGAUAUACCAUACCAUGUCCUCAAUUUAAAGAGCUUAACAAAUGUGAAUGUGACAGUUUGAACAAGCAGCAUUAUGAUGGCUCUGGCUUGUAUCUGCCAAGGCCAUAUUAGCUCCAGUUACUCAACUCAGCUUGCCGUGCUUUUUUUUUCUUUCUUUCUUUUUUGGUUCUGCAUGAAUUGUUUCUUUUUUGCAGUGUCCAGCUAAUGUAUAUUUAAAGUAAAACCAUUUUGCAUAAAAUUCAGUAAGCAGAGAACUAGAUAAACUAAUGUCAUGUAACUUCCAAAAGAAAGAACCUAGCUAACAGUAGUCCCCUUCCUUUUCUCACAUUUGUAAAUUCAGAUUAUUGAUUAUUAUUUGACCUGAUGAAGAUGGACUAUAUUUAAGAGCAACAGAAUUAUCCUGGAAAAUUAAUCUGGUCAGUCUCUGAGGGAAUGGAUGGCAAAAGUACUCUUCAGCUAAUUGUCAUGGUAGUUCAAUGGAAGCUGACCUUGGUUUGAAAGAAAAAUGUACUUACCUUUCCCAUCAGGAAACAUUAGACAACCACCAGCAAGCAAAAAAAUAAGAAGGAAUGAGAGAGCAUAUGCCAGUACAAGGAGAGUAUUAGCUUUUUGGUAUUAUAGAAUUGAUCAUAGUUCCAUCUUUUUUUGUGUGUUGCAUAUGUUCAGAGCAUGCUUCUAGAUUUGAAAACUAAUGUAAUGAUUGCUCACAAGAUGAAUGCACAAGUGGUUUUUAGUCAAUAAUAGGGGCUACGUACAAUUUCAGUCUAAAAUGUUCCUUUUUGAUCCUCUGUAGAAGGAAGUUGAUCAUACAAACAUAUUAUUGCAUCUUAUUCUGCUAUUGGUGGUGCACUUUUUAUACAGUGAAGUAUAUUGCAGUUCUUGGGGUGGAGAACACCCCUGUCUUUUUUGCUGAUACUUUAGUUGAGUGAAACUUUUUCAGUGUGUCUGGAAAAACUAUAAAAUACAACUGAGCUAUUACUUUUUUAAUUGUUUUGAUGCAGGUGUAAGAAACUGCUGCUACCUAUCUGUUUAUAUGUAGUGUGUCUCAUUAGGAUCUGUAAACUGAAGAAGCUUCUCUUCACCUUAGUCCUGCUAAAUUGUAACUUCUGAAUGUUGAUAUGUGUAAAUAUGUGUGUAUUCCAAAUAAGUCUGAAAGUGUUACACCACAGGCAUCUCCAGUGAUUUGUUCUUUGGAAAACAGUCAGUUAUAAAAUAUAGUAAUAUAUAGCUGUGUCCCUUGUCUGUCUUUAUACCAAGAUUUUUGCCUGAGGUGGUACUUGCAUGGUAGGUGAUGUUAGAAAGCUACAUCCAAAGGAGGAUUUUUGGAAGCAAGUUCAUUUCCUCUUUUCCAUUUUAUUUUCCUUUUUUCUUUUCCUUUUUUGCUUAAUUGAUAGCACUGAUCUUACCUGAAGUUUAAACUUGAAUUUUUCCUGCACUUUAAUUCAAUCUUGAUAUUUUAUUCCUUAAUGAAUUCCUUAAAAGAAUUCCUACUUCUACAUUUGUGCAGUUCAGCUUCAUUAUUUGUAAAUAAACACACACAUGCAAUAAAGAGUUUAGAACAGAUUCCUUUUGGGCACAUUUGCUAAUUAUGUGGUUGUAGUUUGGAAUGUUUGUUUUCUUUAGCAAAAUAUGUAUAUACAAGUAUAUACAAUAUAGAAUCUAAUGAAAGGCACUUAUCCUGUGUCAGCAUUUAGUUUAUAAAUUACUGCAACACUUUCAGAUUUGUUACUAGAUAAUACAAUAAUAACCUGUUGUAUUUAUACAUACUGCUUAAGAAUAUACUUUUACUUUUAAAUAAUUUUUGUAUGUACACUUCUACCUUUAAUUUUAAAAAGAAUUAUGUUCAAUUUUUAAGUCCAAGUACUUAAAGUAUGUAUAUUAUCCAUAGAAGAAGUUGUUUUAAGCUUAUGAAUACAUUCAUAUCUCAUAUCGAGAUGAUAGUUACUAAGCAAUGAAAACAAAUAGCCCAUUUUGCUUUGCAGAAAAUAAUCAUACUUAUUUUUACCUCCCGUUUUGAACAUUCUUAAACAAUACCGUAAGUAUGGAGAGGGAAGAUAGUGCAUUCAGAAAACAAACCUGAUGUAAAAUUUUUCUCAGUAGCUGCAGUUUGUGGCUGGCUGCUUUUCUGUUUUUUUAUUAUUUUAAGCAUAGCCAUGAAAAAUGCUGCUUUUUUCAGGUAUUCUCCUCAAACUUAAAAAAAAAAAACAAAUUGAAAUGAAGUUUUAUGUAUUUUGUCCGAAAAAGGUUUUAUUUUACUAAUGUACAAAUCUAGAUUAUACAUCAGCUCUUCACAUGUAAAUCAAACUUUUUUUGUAUUCAGAAUGUGCAUUGAAAAACUUACAGCCCGUGACUGAAGUGCCCCCCUCUUUCUCAUUGUGGGUUAGCGUAGCUGAGCGGAUAGCUGAUGGCAGCUGAAGUUGCGUGGUGGUGAAGGUGUGCAGGGACUGCCUCCUUUAUGGUGUAACGUGCUGCACUUUUUCUUCAUUCUAGCCAAUUUCCUGUAUAAGUCAUGUGCAUCUUUUUGGGUGGAUGUGGGUAACUUUGCUACUGCCACAAAAUCUUCAAGUAUUUUGUAGACAGAAAUUAGUAACAUUUAAGGGGAGGAAGGUAAGUAGAAUAGGGAAGGGAAAAAAAAAAGCUGUGUAGUGUAUGCGAAUCAGCCAAACUGAUUUUAUUUCAGUUUUCAUUGAAAGGUUAAUUUAAGCUGGGCCCAUUUCUGCUUCUGCUGUGUGUUACAACGAUGUACUGUAUACCAUCUAUUUUGUUACUCUUUCAAGCCAGAUGUGUACUGUGUUUCUGGGUUCUUUUAAACAUUAUAAAGUUUAGGCUUAAAGAUGAGGUUGUUAGUAAAGAAGAACUGAGACAGGAACAUUGAACAACCAAAUGAAAGGUGUCAGUCAGUAUUCCUUUUAGUUUUUAAAGUAAAGCACCUGGAAAUGUUUGCUUAAAAGUCAUACAACUGUGCAUUUCUUUGACACUUGUGUUUGUUUUUAUUAGUUACAUAUUCCCAGUCAAAAGUAAUUACUCAAAAAUAAACUCUGUUUUAGUUGAAAACAUGUAAGGAGUUGUAUGUGGAUUACCACUAAUAUUCAGUAAUAGGUAAUGCAAAGGGAGUGGGGUGGGAACAUGUUUUAAAUAUUCCCUUUUAAAAAAGAAGUGUAAAUAAGCAGUACUGUAUUAUUUUAGACCUGAGCUCUGCUGUCUGUAGUUAUUAGAACUAGGAAAACAUGCUGCUUUCUAGUUAUGCUACUGUCUCAUUGUACCAGCACCAUGGGGGAAAAAUAAAAAACAUCAGUAAAUUUUUCUAACAUCGCCCACUUGUGGGUAAGCAUGCUUGAUGUGUAGCAGUUCUCAUUUAUGUAUAUCUUAGUGUGUACAUGUGUGUUUUCUUUUUUUGAUCAUUGCAACUUAUUCUUCAGUUAAGUCUUGCUGAGCCCCACUAGCUCUUCUGAGGGUGUUUACUGGAAUAUGCAUUUUAGGUAGGGUUGCAAAUCCAUCUGUCUACAAAUAUAGUUUCAUAUGAACUGCAAACUGUACUGUUACAAACAACUAUGUUAGGUUGCAUAGAGUUAUUUUACUUACAUGUACUUGAACUGAACUAUGUCAUCAUAAAGUGAAAAAAAAUUAAGUAUGAAAUAUUUUUGUAAAUAAAAAUACCUGUGCAGCUGGUAUUUUAAAUUUAAAAUGUAUUAUACAUUAAUGUUUCAGAAAAAAUGUUCAUAUAUGUGUAUAUGAAUGUGUCAUUAUGCUGAAGGGCUCUGAUUGGGCAAAAUAAACUAUUCAAAUCUCUCCUGAAAUGA